AUGAUCCAAAUCCAAGCUUCCACACGAAUCUCCCAUUUCACGCGCUUGAUACCCCGAGUCCAUCUCCAUCGCCGCUCCCACACAGCGGCAACCGCCCCAGACCCGCACGAGGACUUGUUCCGGUACACCACAGGCCGCUGGCUUUGGGGCGAAGCGGAGCAGCUGCGCAAGCGCUACCGGCGCUUCAACGUCGUCGAGCUCCAGAAUGCCGCGACCCGGGCGCUGGAGGGUUCUCCGAAAUGCGUGUCGAUGAGCAAGGUGUCGGAGGGAAAUAGCAAUCGCGUGUUUCGGCUGCAGAUGGAUGAUGGGAGGGUGGUUGUGGCGAGGAUUCCGAUGCCGAAUGCGGGACCGGAGAGGUAUACUACUGCGUCGGAGGCUGCGACGAUGGAGUUUGAACCUGAGGGGACGCAAUUGGGUGAGCUAUGGCGCGACAUGAAACCGUUUGAGAGGAAGACCCUCAUUGAAAGCAUCGUGGGCUUGGAGCAAAAGUUGCUAUCCGUUGGGCUCAAUCGCUCAGGGUCGAUCUACUUUGCAGAAAGCGGCUUUGAGGGCUGCAAGACUGCCGAAAUCAUUACGGAUGCUCCAUCGAGUCUUAGGGAUUAUGUCAAGGAUCGGUUUGUGAUCGGGCCUUCAGUAGAUGAAGAAUAUUGGGAGAACCAAAAGGCAAACAUGGCAAUAGACCGCGGUCCAUGGGACACAGCAGAAGAAUAUGUAAAGGCCAUUGCCCACCGUGAGAUGGCAUGGAUUCCUCGAUACGGAAGCGAAUAUCCUCGUGACGCCCGGUUUACCUAUGAUGAUGGCCAGCAAUCCCCCGAAGCACACAUCGACUUGCUGCAACGAUAUUUAUCAGUGAUUUCGAUGCUGUUGCCCAAGAAGCGCGACCUGCUUAGGCCUACGUUGUGGCAUUAUUGUAUCGACGAGCAAAACGUGUUCGUCCGUAACGGGGUAGUCUCUGGCCUGGUAGAUUGGCAGUCUACUUUGGUUGCUCCAUUGGUCUUGCAAGCCCGAGUGCCAUGGUUGGUGAGAUAUAGAAGGAAAAAAGUGUUUAAGCGCCCUGAUAACUUCAAGGAGCUGGAUGAAGCGGACCAAGAGAAAGUAUUGACGCAAAUCGCUCGCACUACUCAACAAGACUUUUACCUGACGCAGGCUGCUUUGGAAAAUCCUCUCCUAUCCCGUGCUUUGGAUUUGCCUCAGUCUGAAUUCUUGAAGUAUCUCGUUAGUUUCGCUGGCUGGUCCUGGAAUAACGACAACGGUUUCCUAAAUUUGCGGGAGUCUUUACUCAAGGUUAUUCGCCGAUGGGAAUUAUUCAACAUGGAAGAUCCAUGCCCCUAUCGGUUUUCGAAUGAGGAAAUUGAACAACAUCGCAAGGACGGCGAAGGAUUCAAUGAAUAUCAAGACUUCUGGGACGAAUUAGAAGGUGUUGUCGACCGAGAAGGGUUCACAUUCCCCGAAACCUUCGAUGCUGCAGUCGAUUUCUUCUCAGAUCUCCGGGAUGUCAUGCUCAAGGAAGCUGAAGGGAAAAAUCGUGAAGAGUUGGACCUCUGGACACGAUGGGUUUUAGAACGCAAGCAGGAGAGGGAGGCCAAAAAAUGA